AUGGCUGAAGCCCAGAUGUUUGUAUCACAGGACGAGUUCAUCUGCUCGGUGUGUCUGGACACCCUGACUGACCCCGUCACCAUCCUCUGUGGUCACAGUUUCUGUCUGAAGUGCCUCACAGACUGCUGGGAUCAGAGCCAAGAGUGCAGCUGUCCUCAGUGCAGACACACCUUCAUCACAAGGCCUGAGCUGAACAGAAACACUCUGCUGAAUGAAGUCAUCAAGAAAUUAAAGAAAACGACACUCAGUCCUCCACCUCAGAAUUAUGCUGGCCCUGGAGAUGUGGAGUGUGACUUCUGUACUGGGAAGAAGUUCAGAGCGGUGAAGUCCUGUCUGACCUGCAUGGCCUCCUACUGUCAGACUCACCUGCAUCUUCACUAUGAAGGAGAUGCCCUGAAGCACCACAAGCUGGUUGAUCCUGAUAGAAGCCUGAAGGAGAAACUCUGUGAGAAACAUCAGAAAAGUCUGGAGAUAUUCUGUAAAACUGAUGAUUCCUGUAUCUGCUUGAUGUGUGUGGUGACUGGACAUAAAAAUCAUGAAAUGGUCGAGCUGGAGACAGAGAGGGAAGAAAAACAGAAACAGCUCUGGGCGACACUGAAUGACAUCAAGAGGGGACUUGAGGAGAGAGAGAAGACACUGAAGAAGACAAGGAGGGCGAUGGAGGAGAUGAAGAUGUUUGUGGAAAGAGACAUGGAAGAAAAUGAGAAGAGCUUCAGUGCUCUGAUACGAUGCAUUGAGGAAGUCCACAGGAAACUGACUGAGAGGAUCAAAGAACAAGAAAAGAGAGAAACAGAGAAGGCUGAAGGAGUCAUAGAGCAACUGAAGAAGGAGAUUGAGGAGCUGAAGAGGAGAGAAGCUGAGAAAGCAGCUGUCAGGUCUGACAAAGAGUCUGGAGAAAAUCAGCCAGUGGGACAUCUUGACAAGGACUCAGUCAGACUUCUGUCCCUCACACUGGACAUCAACAUGGCACACAGAGACCUCCAUCUGUCUGAAGGGAACAAGAAGGUGACAUGGGAGGGGACAUGGACUAGAUAUCCUGAACAUCCUGAAAGAUUUGAACGCCGGGAACAAGUUCUGUGUAGAGAGGCUCUGACUGGGACUCGCUGUUACUGGGAGGUGGAGUGCAGUGGACACUACAUGAAGAUUGGAGUCGCAUAUAAAGGAAUUAGCAGGAAAGGAAAAAACACGAGCCUCAUUGGAUGCAACAAGAAGUCGUGGUGUUUGCAGUGUUUAAAUUCCCAGUACUCAGUGCAUCACGAUAACAAGUGGACUGAAAUCAGCGCCCCCUACAGCCCCAGAAUAGGUGUGUAUCUGGACUGGCCUGCUGGCUCUCUGUCAUUUUAUAGCGUCUCACACACAAUGACCCUCCUGCACAGGAUCAACACCUCCUUCACUGAGCCCCUCUAUCCAGGGUUUUAUGUUGGUUUUAACUGCAGUGUAUCAAUCAGCCAUCUGACACCAUGUGACCACUGACCAGUACCCUCCACCAGUCACUUGAUGUUCCCACAAGCGCAGGUCCUCUUUGAGUUUAUAGUUUAGGGUGAAAUUAAUUUAAAAGGAUGGAUGGGUUGGAGGGGCAACACCUCUGUGAUUGAAUUUGUGGAUGAGAAUUCGGGGUGAGUGCGGCUGUCAGGGUCACCAUUAUUAUUGGGUUUGAGUAGCCAAUCAGGUGUGUGUGUCAUAGUGAGGGGCGGUGACACCUCAGACCUACAAAUACCAGUCUGUUGAUUCACAGCCACAUGUCCUUCAGACUGACACCCCAACAACUACUGAGGUACCCAAGUGUCACUGAAUGUCACCUGUUAAGUAGGACAGGUGUGUGGUCCUGCUGGAUCAGCACAACUGAAAGGCGCUAUACAGACUCAGUAUGGAGAGCUCUUGAAUAGUGACUAUAUGUAGGAGCAGAGAGUGACAGAGGGGACUGGAGUGUUGUCCUCUCAUCAGACAUGUUGUGACCCUCCAUUGGUCACUUAAAGGGUCCUUCACUUCAGAAUGAAUUCACUGUGAAUGUCUGAAGACGAGGACUCAUCGGUCAGUCAGAUGUCAGCCAUACUGACAGAGUUUGGUGUUUUAGUUGAUGUCACAUUAAAAGUUAAAUUGUACCUCCUCCUUGUCCCCAGAUUUGUCACUCUUGGUACCCUGAAAGCUCCAACAUCUUCAAAAAAUGAAUUCUUGGUCAGUUGGCACACACUUGACAUGGGUGCACAUGUGUGGCGUUGCAGUGGACUGGCACCCCAUCCAGGGUUGGCCCACCUUGUCCACAAACCUGAAAUUGAAAAGCAGAUGACAAAGACAAGGAAUGGACAGAAGGGGUCACUGAUUGAUCAGUCGCCACACUACUGCCUCUUGUGGCCACUCUGAAUAUGACACAGCAAUUUAUACAAAAAGGAAAUCUCAAAGAUAAAAGCAGAAAGCAUUCAGUGAAAUCCUGAGCAGUGAAACAUGAAAGGAGAGAAUGAGAAACAAUCAGAGAGUCAGACGAAUGGAGACUUUAACAGGAGGACUGAGGGGUGGGACUGAAGUGCAGUGGCGCCCUCUAGUGGACACCCGCCAUAUUACACACAUGGGAAAGGUCAGCAGUGAAGGGGGAGAACAGAAUACAGUGCAGUGUAAAAGAAAUAAGAAUAAAGUAAAAACACAAGAAUAAAACACCUGAAAUAAAGAACUUUAAAUAUUAUAUCUAAAACUAAUUAAGAUUUAAAU